AUGGGUCAGUCGGCUGUUGAUGUCAUCGAUAUUCGGCAAUUGUUUGUCAAUCAAUCGAUAGACCUGUUCGGGUCAGUCAUGUUUUCGUGGAAACAACAACAACAACAACAACAACAACACAAUACAUUCAAUGAUGACGAUCCUUAUAAUAAAUUUACCAAGCUAAUCAAUAGACUACUAUUUCCAUCUAAAUGGCGUAUACUAGGCCUACUAGUGCUACCGAAAUUCAUGCUACAGGUGCUCAACAUGUCUAACAUUAUAUCUGCCGAAGCGCUCGACCAGUUCGCUGAACUAACUAAACAGGAGUUAACUAAACGCAAACGUUUGGCCAAUACUACCGAUACAUACGAUGACUUUUUUCAAUCGCUUCUGAAUCGGUGUCCAGAUUUUACCGGCAAAUCACUGGACAAAACAGCUGACGACGAGACUUCAAUUGAUAAUCAAAUGAUGACCGAAGAGGAAGUGGUGGCCAAUAUGUUCUCACUAUUUCAGGGAGCGUUUGACGGACACUCGCUAUCCAUGACAUUCAUUAUCUAUGAGUUGGCCGUAAAUCCUGAUUGUCAGCAACGAGUCUACGAUGAAAUUGUUACCUGUUUUCGGGAUAACAGCAACUCUACGAACCCGACAAUUGCCGAUCAGUUUGAUUGGGAACAAGUGGUCAAACUUGACUAUUUGAAUGCCUGUAUAUCGGAAGCACUGAGACUACACGCGGCUGUCAAUAGAGACGGACGGGUAGCCAAACAAGACUAUAUGGAUGAGACAACCGGUGUGACCAUCAAAAAAGGUCAGGUAAUCCAGUUUUCACGUUCAGCAGUACAGCGAUGUCCCGAUUACUAUCCAAUGCCCGACCAGUUCAUACCCGACCGGUUCGUCAAACAUAACAAACACCGAUUGGUUGACUCAGCGUAUCUGCCGUUUGGUUUGGGCCGUCGUAUGUGUCCCGGGUUUCGGUUUGCACUGAUUGCCAUCAAAUUGACCAUGGCACAUUUGCUUAUUAGAUACAAGUUUGUAGCAAUCGAUGGCCAAACCGUACUGAAAACCGAUCCGAUUGUCGAACACUAUACCUAUUGUCCGGAUAAGUUGUAUUUGAAAAUUGAAAAACGAUAA